UGUCGGCAGCAAAUCCCCAUCGCCGCCGUGAAGCAUCUUCGUCGAGCAAGAGCAAGACCACAGGCCGCCACGCCGCCAGCCGCCAGCAAGCCUGCGUGGAUCACGCAGGAGAAAGAAAGAGAAGUGCUUCUUCGCGUACACGAUGCACGUGUCGCCGCUACGUCCAUCGCCGCCGCCGACGCCGACGACGGUGCCCUGCCCGCUAUAAAUCGCCCCGCAGAGUCACCAUACAUAUCUUCCCACCGAGCUCGACGGUAGACCACCAGCUAAAAUUCGCAAAACAAACAAGCAAGCAAAAUCUCGUGAGAGGUCGAAGACCAGGCCAUCGAGCACGAGCAGCCAUGCAGGCCGGGAGGAGCGCCAUGGAGGCGGCCAAGGAGGCGGCGGCGAACGUGGGCGCCUCGGCGUGCUCCGGCAUGGAGAAGACGCGGGCCACGCUGCAGGGGCACGCGGAGAAGGCGGCGGCGCACGGCGCGGCCGACCGGGAGGCGGCCGCGACGAGGGCGCGGGAGCGCGUGCACGGCGCGGAGGAGGUCAAGCGGGACGCCAUGCGCGCCAACGCCGCCGCCAAGGAGCGCGCCAGCGCCGGGGCGUACCACCCGUCGCAGGGCGCGCCGGGGGUCGUUCCCGGCGGCGCCCCCGCGGGCGGCCACGUCGAGGACGGCGUGGCCGGGAGCCGCCCGCUCGGCACCGCCACGGGCACCGGGAGGCCCAGCGUUGCGCAUAACCCGCGCGUCGGCGGCGGCGCCGCGCCAGCGACUGGCACCGGCGGGCAGUACCAGUGAGGCCGCCGGGCUGCGGCCGUGUAUGUAUGCAUGUGCGCGCGCGCGUGUAACUGGUCGGUUCAGGUGUAUCGGUGUAGCAGGGCAUGCAAUAAUUAUCUUGUGACCGUAGCAAACUCUGUUUGAGUUCGGCCCG